AAUGACAUGAUAUGAUAUGACAAUAUUCGAUCACGUAGAUAAUUUUAUCGUUUUCCCUAACAUGGGACCAUCGACAGAUAAGUCUAUCAACCCGCUAUCACGUGAUAACCCAAUUGUUGCCAUAUUAAGAAAAAUUUGCGUUAUUAUGUUGGCCAACCUUAAAAUAUUUUAGCUCAUUCGUUCAUUUCCACAGAUGAGUGUUCAUUUCUACUACCGAUUAGGACUAAACACAGUUUCCCAAGCCACGAAAGUUUGGAAAAAAAAAACGUAACGUCAGAUAACUAACAUCAAGUGUUUUCAAAAGUUUGCAUUAGAAAUAAUUACAUUAGCGGUAAAAAUGGCUACAAAAACGUAAGUAAAUAGAUUUCACCUUUAAUUAUCGAAAUUUCAAUAAACCGUUUUCUAUUCUUAAUACAAAUUAUUUUUAAAAAUAUUAUCAUCACGAUCUUUCAGGAAAAUAAGAAGUAAUAAGGCACAACUUUCUCAUUUGUGUCAAUAUUUAUGCUGUUAAAUAAGGAUUUCGCAGCCGGGGAGUAUAAAACUCCACAAGGAGCUGCUCAAAUAGAGCGCCAGUGGGAAGAUUUAAAGGCAGCGUUGGAUGAAUUGGGGCCAAGUCGGUCUGUGGAGCAGUGGAAGACAUGCUGGAGGGAUCAAAAACGGAAAGCCCGAGCAGAAGGCGGUGCUUUAAACAAAGCCGCCAAUACAACCGGGAAUUCUGUCCCCAUCCCCGAGCUAUCCGAAAACUCUAGUCUAAUACUUCAAACAAUUGGAAAAGAGAUGGCGAUGGGUGUUGGACUCCCUGAAUCGCCUAUUGGAUUUCAUCGAUUGCAGAUUGUGGGAACGGCCGCACAAAUAUCAUCAUUACCCAUUCCAUCUCCUCCAUCAACUAGCACCUCAUCAUUUGUCCCCACUCCAUCUACUAGCACAUCAUCAUCUAUCCCCACUCCAUCUACUAGCGCUCCAUUGUCUGUCCCCGUUUUACCAUGUUCCUCGACAUCCUCAGCACCUAUUCCACCACCGCCAUCUUCCACAGGGCCAAAGCCAAAAAACAAAAGGCGUGUGAGAACUAGCCAUCCUCCUGACCGAUUUCUGGCUGCACAAUUGGAAUUAAAUAGCCUUAUUAAAUCAUUAAAUCAAGAGUUGCGACAAAGCAACAUACUGAAAGCAGAACAAAACCGGCUUUUAAUGAAAAUCAGCCGCAGAAGACAGCUCUAGUGAUUUCACAAGAUUGUGUCAAACACAACAUUUUAUGUUAACUUAUGAGACUGAUUGAAUAAUAAUGCUUAAGACUGAUUAGAUAAUAAAGCUUCAUAUAAAAAAAAUGUUGAUUUUUAUAUCAGUGAUUAAAAUAAAUGUCACAUUUGUUUGUUGGCAAAAUUUUUUAUGUUAAUGUUAUAUUAUGUUAAGAAUGUUUAAACUGAACAUUGAUUGUUAUAAUUAAUAAUAAAUGAUUUAUAACUGUUGAAUUAGUUAAUUACAUA